AAAGCAAAAUCUCUCUCUUGCCCUUUCCUUCCUCCCUCAUUGUCAUCGCGAUUGACCUUCCAAUUCUAGUGAUCUUGUCGGUCAGUUGCCAUUGUCGAUGCCACUCUAUCGAGGUUCACUUCAUCAAGUGUUUGGUAAGUCUCAGAUCCAACUUUUCUUUUCCAUUUCUUCGUUACUUAUAAAACUCAGAUAUAUCCCCUUUUUUCUCACCUGUAGCAAUCUUGCAAUUCCUCUAUAUUUCUUCUUCUUUGAUCUUAAAUUGCUCAUACUGGUAAGCUUGGAACCUUUAUCUUUGUUCUUGGGUAUUUUGUUUUUGCUAAUUCUAUAGAAAAAAUAGAGGAAUAGCACCUAGUUUCUUCUUAGCUAACCAUCUCAAGAAUUAUUCAAUAUGUUAUUCAAAUUUGGGAACAAAAUUUAUGUAUACUUUACAAAUUCAAAUAUGUUUUUCUAAUGUUUUACAUUUUGGUAGCUUCUUGUUGAUUGGAAAAUGAUGGGUUAUUGUUGAAUUUGAAUUUUAGCAUUUUUGGUCUCUUUUUUUUGUUUUUUUUUGGUAAAUUUGAUGCUGGAUGGUGCAUGAUAGCAACCCAAGUCCCAUGGCACCUGAAUUUUCUAUUCUUUGCGUUUUCUGGGAAGUCUAAGAGGACUUUGGUGGUUGAGGGGAGGAAGAUUACUAAAGAGAUUAUUGGGUUUUUGUUCAAGAUUUUGUUGAAGGAAGGGAAUAUUGUGGCUGCUGUUUGUAUUGUUCUGGGAUGUUUUGCUCUUUUUCGAAUAAAUGCCGGUGAGUGAUCAAGUUGAAUGGUUGAGGUACUUUGGUUGAUCUUUCUUUAGUAUAUUAGUUGGAAUGGUAGGGAUGGAGGAUUGCAAGUUUCAUAGUUGGGUUGGGUCUGGUUACUUUUAUGUUGUGGAAGCAUUAUGAUUGAAUUUCAAUUGAUUGAUUGGUGGGUGGGUAUGCCAAUUUUCUUCUCUCUCUCUUUCUUUGAAAUGGUAGGCUUACCAAGUUGAAAUGGAGUCACUGGUAGUGAGACUGGAGGAAGAGAAUGAGCAGCUAUUGAAAGAGAAGGUAUUGCGUUUGUUUCAGUUUUAGAUCUAUGGUUAUGGUUAUUUUGUGUGAGAUUGAGUGUAAGGAAUGGGAGCACAAGGAUCUAACAGAAAAAUGGAUUGUAAUGUAGUUUCUUUAGAAAAUGAAAAUUAUUGUUGUUUCUAGUUGAGACUGUGAAGUUGGAAAUUUCUUUGAUCUAAUUGCUAUAUAUUGUGUACAUUGUUGUUGGUUUGGGCCUUUUCAAGGUGGAGGACAGAUUGAUGGUUCCUUGUUUUACAUCUCAUUUUAGGUUGUUUGUUUCCUGAAUGUGUUGACACCCAGCCUCAAAAGAUUGACUAACGCCCGGCAUUUGACAUUGUCUGCAACUUCGUUUUCAAUAGUCUGGAGCAGAUAAUAGCUAUGCACUUCUGCUAGUUGAUUCAGUGUUCAAAAGAUAUGUUCUAGAUCAGAUAAUCUUUUCAAUGGGUAGCAUAAUUUAGAUAGGCCAUUUCCAUAGUUCAUUUUCACAGUGCACAAAAUGAAUAGAUGAGUUCGAGAGUCUCUUAAGCCUUAACAAUAAUUCUUUAGAUUGUGUAUGCCCUGUGAAUUCGUUGUGUUCAAAACUUGGUUUGCUCAGUGUUACUGUAUAAAAUCUAUAUAUCAGU